AUGGAACUCUCAGGGAGUGCGCUCCCGCUGAUUCAAGGUGUUCUAGAUCGUCAGUCAAGCUUCGAGCUUGACGAUAGUCUGCACCAUCGCCUUACACCGAUGCUGAUGGGCGUCCUCGUUCAACAGAUAUGUGCUGCAGAGCGCCAGACGCUUACUCGAGAGAUAGAUCGCAUCGUUGCCGAGAAGGUUAGAGCUUUAACCUUGAAUUCUGGAACAUCUUCGUGUCCAUGCAGAUCCAACACAAGGACAGACACAACAGACGAACCGACCCAAGAACCAAGUCAAGCCACGACAAUCAGUGUCGAAGAGCCUAAGGACGAUGACUAUAUAGACUCCCAGCCUCGUAGGUCUGGGAGCGACGGAUCCACCUCUUCAACUCCGACGGGAGGGCUACGACGAAGUACGCGAUUGAACCCGCAGGUGCCUUCUCUUGAUUCAAGCACGCCAUCUGGUCAGACACCUAGAACUCCUGAUUCAGGGUCAAGAGCAGGAAAGACACCCCUAUUUCCUUCGUUACCUAAGGCACCAGAGAGCCAGAGCAGCUAUUCGAGGCCAGUGGUCGAAAGUGAACCAGAAAGCGAGCCUGCAUGGAGCCCUCCAUCUGGAGAUGGAGAUACAAAUACUCCGGAUGGCGAGAUCUGCGCGAAGCCCAGUGCUAAGCUUGUCACCACCAGGUCCAGCCCCAGCUCUGAGACCAGUGAGCCCGUCAUCUACGCCCCUGUCAACAGGCAUCUUUUUGUUUCGGGGCAUUCCACCAACAAAUUCAGUUGCUAA